UCUCAAGUGCGCCUCAUUUCAACAUGAAUUAUUCAAAUUAGAAAAAAAAAAAUCUCUUUAAUAUAAAAAUCAUCGCCUCAAAUUAGGGCAGUCCCAAGCUCAGGCUCCUUCUUCUUCUUCACUUCACUCUACUCCCUAAAUCGCAUACUCUCUUCCUUGUGACUGGAUCGAGCAUUUCUUCUCGGGUAUUCAACUCUUCGACAUCCAUUUCCUUUGCUACUUCGCUUUCAUAUGGACCAUGUUGACGGAGAUAAAUGAGAGGGAUGGUAAAUUUUACUCUUAGCAGCAAUCAUAGUGCCUUUCUCUAGUUUAUAAAGGUUAUGCCGGUCAUGGAAGCUGAUAAAACUGACCCAAUUCGUGCUGAAGAACUCAAAUCCCAAGCAAAUGAAGCAUUUAAAGCCCACAAGUAUGCUCAAGCAAUUGAUCUUUAUACACAAGCAAUUGAGCUAAAUGGUCAGAAUGCUGUAUACUGGGCAAACCGUGCUUUUGCGCAUACCAAAUUGGAGGAAUAUGGUAGUGCAAUCCAGGAUGCAUCAAAGGCUAUAGAAAUAGACCCUAGAUAUUCAAAAGGUUAUUACCGGAGAGGUGCUGCUUUUCUUGCUAUGGGGAAACUCAAAGAGGCACUUAAAGAUUUUCAACAGCUCAAAAAGAUAUGUCCCAAUGAUCCUGAUGCUGCUAAGAAAUUGAAGGAAUGUGAAAAGGCAGUCAUGAAGCUUAAGUUUGAAGAAGCCAUUUCUGUACCUGAAUCUGAGAGGCGUUCGGUAGCUGAUUCCAUCGAUUUCCAUCUGAUAGAUGUUGAGCCACAGUAUACUGGUGCUAAGAUAGAAGGAGAUGUUGUAACACUUGAUUUUGUGAAGAAGAUGAUCGACGAUUUUAAAAACCAGAAAAGCUUGCACAAACGAUACGCAUUCCAAAUUGUACUGCAAGUCAGAGAAAUCAUGCGUGCCCUUCCAUCUCUUGUUGAUAUUAACAUUCCAGAGGGCAGACAUUUAACCGUUUGUGGAGAUGUGCAUGGUCAGUUCUAUGAUCUCUUAAAUAUCUUUGAGCUUAACGGGCUUCCAUCAGACGAAAAUCCAUACCUCUUUAAUGGAGACUUUGUGGACAGGGGUUCAUUUUCUGUGGAGGUCAUUCUCACCUUGUUUGCAUUCAAGUGCAUGUCUCCAUCAGCUAUGCAUUUGUCCAGAGGAAAUCAUGAAAGCAAGAGCAUGAACAAGAUUUAUGGCUUUGAGGGUGAAGUUCGGUCUAAGUUGAAUGAAACAUUUGUGGAACUCUUCGCAGAAGUAUUUUGCUCCUUACCUCUGGCUUAUGUUCUAAAUGAGAAGGUUUUUGUGGCUCACGGAGGUCUUUUUAGUAAUGAUGGGGUAAAACUCUCUGAUAUUAGAGCAAUAGAUCGGUUUUGCGAACCUCCUGAGGAAGGAUUGAUGUGUGAAAUCCUGUGGAGUGAUCCACAACCCAAUCCUGGGAGAGGACCUAGUAAACGAGGCGUGGGUCUUGCCUUUGGUGCAGAUGUCACAAAAAGAUUUUUACAGGAGAACAACUUGGAUUUAAUUGUGCGAUCCCAUGAAGUCAAGGAUGAAGGGUAUGAGAUCGAGCAUGACGGUAAACUCAUUACAGUAUUUUCUGCUCCAAAUUAUUGUGACCAGAUGGGAAAUAAAGGGGCUUUUAUUCGCUUUGAAGCACCAGAUAUGAAGCCUAACAUUGUAACCUUUUCAGCAGUGCCUCAUCCUGACGUGAAACCAAUGGCAUAUGCAAACAACUUCCUUAGGAUGUUCCAAUAGCUGGGCAGAGAGUAUUCACGUUGACCGGUUUCAGGUUAACACGAUGAAGUUCAAUAUUACACGACUAGGCAAGUGGAGAAGAGAUUUGGCUUCAUGUUUGACAAAAUGCAGGUUCCGUUGUGAUUGUUUGUGGAUGCUGCUUCUUCUUCCCAACGUUUUCUGACAGUUUAGUUGGAUAAUUUUUUUUUUCCACUUUCUAGGCUUCUGUUUCGCCCUUUUGAUUAGUCCUGCAAGUGUUCAAGUCAAUUAUGUAUUGAUGCAUAGUCUUCUCGGUUUACAUUUGUUUGAUAUGCACUCCACAUUGUUUACGAAGUGGGGAAAGAAAAUCUUUUUUAUUAUACAGCACUCACCCUAUGCCAUUCCUCGUCUUUUUUCCCUGGUUAAAAGUAAAACAUCAAAUCCCCAGGGGUUUUGAACUCUAA